UCCCAGCCUGCUAAUAAAGUUUCAGCCACCGAGGUGUGGAAUCCGGCAUUUGCGUGCUCCCUGCUGGUCACCCGGCUUUCCUUUGGCUUUCUUUCGCCUGAUUAUUCUGUGUCUCUUUCAAGCCUCCACGCGCCGGUUUCUUACUUUCAUCUUCCUCGCUCUUUCCACCUUUCCCAGCUCAGUAUGCAGGAAAAAGACGUUUCCCCACGCGGUUUCCUGCCUAGCUUCCAACAUUUCGCUACGCAGGCCAUUCAUGUGGGCCAGGAACCAGAGCAAUGGACCUCCCAGGCUGUAGUGCCCCCCAUCUCACUGUCCACCACGUUCAAGCAAAGGGCUCCUGGCCAGCACUCGGGUUUCGAAUAUAGCCGUUCUGGAAACCCCACCAGGAAUUGCUUGGAAAAAGCAGUGGCAGCACUGGAUGGAGCUAAUUAUAGUUUGGCCUUUGCUUCAGGUUUAGCUGCUACUGUGACUAUUACCCAUCUCUUAAAAGCAGGAGAUCAAAUUAUUUGUAUGGAUGAUGUGUAUGGAGGUACAAACAGGUAUUUCAGGCAGGUGGCAUCUGAAUUUGGAUUAAAGAUUUCUUUUGUUGAUUGUUCCAAAACUAAACUACUAGAGGCAGCCAUUACACCAGAAACCAAGCUCGUUUGGAUUGAAACCCCCACAAACCCUAUCUUGAAGAUGAUUGACAUUGAAGCUUGUGCACAUACUGUCCAUAAACAUGGAGACAUUAUUUUGGUUGUGGAUAAUACUUUUAUGUCAGCAUACUUCCAGCGGCCUCUUGCUCUGGGAGCUGAUAUUUGUAUGUAUUCAGCAACAAAAUAUAUGAAUGGACACAGCGAUGUUGUAAUGGGCUUAGUGUCUGUUAAUUCUGAGAGUCUCAAUAAUAGGCUCCGUUUCUUGCAAAAUUCUCUUGGAGCAGUUCCAUCUCCUUUUGACUGUUACCUCUGCAUUAGAGGUCUGAAGACUCUACAAGUUCGAAUGCAGAAGCAUUUCGAAAAUGGAAUGGCAGUUGCUCAGUUUCUGGAAUCAAAUCCUCUGGUAACAGAGGUUAUUUAUCCUGGGCUGCCCUCUCAUCCUCAGCAUGAGCUGGCAAAGCGUCAGUGCACAGGUUGCCCAGGAAUGAUCACCUUUUAUAUUAAGGGUACUCUCCAGCAUGCUGAGACCUUCCUCAAGAACCUAAAGUUAUUUACACUCGCUGAGAGCUUGGGGGGAUAUGAGAGUCUUGCUGAGCUUCCGGCAAUCAUGACCCAUGCAUCACUACCUAAGAGCCACAGAGAUGUCCUUGGAAUUAGUGACACACUGAUUCGACUCUCUGUGGGCUUGGAGGAUAUAGAAGACCUAUUGGAAGAUCUAGAUCAAGCUUUGAAGGCAGCACACCCUCCAAAUGCAAGUUGAACUUAGCAUUCCAGCACUGCUACUAGAAAUUGCUUCCUGAGAGAUCAAAUCUUCUGAAUAAUUAAAUGGACCAUUAAUGAACCUUUGCAGAAUUUUCAAGUGAAAAAUUUAAGGCACCUCAUUACUUUUCAUAACUGUAAUCUUCCAGGGAUCCUCCCUGUUGAAAACAGUUGUCAUUGACAGGUCAAUUCUGUUAAUAUCUUUUUGUUAAUUUUGGUGUGCAUUUACCUCUGAAGAAGGUGAGGUUUGUGUUGCUUUUUGGGAUUGUGUCCUUUUUUUCAUAGCUUAAGAUUUAUAUUGAUCAUGUUUACAAUAUAAUGGUAAUUCAUUUUUGAUGUUUUCUGAAGAAUUUAAAUUAUUAAAUGAAUGUUUUUAAAUCAAGUGUGAUUUUUGCAUAUUGUUGAAAAUAGCACUAAAAGCAAUGGUUUACACUUAAUUAUCAUAAGCCAAAAAUCAAAUGCUUGAAAAAUCUACUGUGAAAUUUUACUGAUCUAAGGUUGUAUUUACUAUUUUUUAAAAAAUAAACCUAAUUAUCAAUUGCA